AUGCUACGAAUAUUUUGCAUUUACUUUCUUCCUAUUUUAUUCUCCUUUAUCCUUUUCUGUGAAAAAAAUGCACUGGCAAUCAUUGACAAUAAAAAUAAAAGGGCCACUUUGUUAUCCCUAUUAAAAAAGACCUUUGUUGAUAAUAAAGAGUAUAAGGAUGAGGACGAUUUAAAUGAUUUGUUAGAAAGCAUAAAUAAUAUAACACUAUACCCAACCGAUAAUGAUAAAUUCGACAAAUUCUUAGAUGAGUUUUUGAAAUUUUAUAGUGUUGAUGCAACUUUCAGUGACGAAGAUAAAAGAGUGAUACACAUGUCUGGUGUUCUAAGUGAGAUUUACGUUGACGUAGAUGAAUUAAAUAAAGAAGAAUUAAGAGGACAUUUUAACAAUGUUUUUGAAUUGGGGCAUAAUUUAAUUAAUUUAAUUAUGCAUAGCAAUUUGCUUCACCCUGAACUUAAUGAAAAGGUGACAGAAAUGGUACAACCAGAUCAAGAGGGUGAAACGUUUCAUGAUGUGCAACCUGAACAAAAGGACAAAACUAAGGAAGAGAAUAAUUCAUAUUAUGAUGAAACGAAGUUUAAUGAAUCUACCAUACAUGACCAGGGCCCUGAGUAUAAUACCAAAUCUAAAUAUACACACGAGUACAACUAUGGUGGCAAGGAAGAUUACCAUGGAGGUAUGGAUUAUGAGUACAGUGACAGGUACAGUGACAGGUACAGUGACAGGUACAGUGACAGGUACAGGGACAAAUAUGGGAAUAAACAGAAUGAGGAACAUGAAGAGUAUGACAAUUACAAUGAAGAAGAAGAAAAAAAAAAAGAAAAGAAAAGAAAAUAUACCUGGAAAAAGAUGAAGGAUAUACUAGAAAUGAAAAAUAUUAGAUUAAUUAAUAAAUCAACUGGGAAAUUCCAUGUAAAUUUUUACACCAACUGUAUAAAUUAUAUCAAUACUCCAUGUGCAAAAAAUCCUUUGCCUUUUUAUAAGGAGGAUUAUGGAUUUAAUGGAAUGCAUCCCUUUGAUACGAAUAAAUUUCCACAGAUAUAUGAUAACAAUAGUUACUAUGAUGGUGAGAAGGAAAAUCUAAAAGUUGUUAAAAAGGGUAUCCAGAAUGAGCAUCAAAAAGAGAGGGAAUGUAGUGUAUACGAAAAAUUAAUGAAGGAAUUGUGCGAAAAAGUUGAAAAAGGGAAAGGUGCUACUACAUUGGCUAAAAGUGAAUGGAAAAAAAAAAAAGGAAAAACAUAUGACAUAAAUGAGGGCACACAUGGUAAUGUCGACGAGGAUGAUGCUGACCAUCAUGCAGAUGUUGAUAAUCAUGAAGAUGUUGAUGAUGAAGAUGAUGAUGAUGAAGAGUUGGAUGUUCAGGACACAAUGUCCUGCAAAUGGAAAGAUCUAAAUAACAAACACAAUUAUGAGGAGAAUAACAAUAAAGUCCAGGGAGAAAGUAUGGAUGAUAUGGAUGAACCUAAUAUAAAAUUAGGUGGAAAGGGGAAGAAUGGUAUCGAUUUUUCAUAUACAUAUUAUAACCCUUAUUACAUGUUCAGGUUGGGUAACCAAAUUCCAGACAAGGAAAAGGAGGGAAAAAAUGAAAAAGGUGAUGACAUUAACACACAGGAAUCGCUAGAAAUGAAUAAUCAAUUGAAAGAUAAAAAAGUGGAUGAACAUGGAGAUGAUGCAGAAGAAGAAGAGGUAAUCGAGGAGGUAGAAGAAGUGAUGGAAGUGGGAGGAGUAGACAAAUCGUAUGAAGAAGACGAGAAGAACAUAAAUAAAAGCGAUGCAAACUUAUUAGUCAAAAAAAUUAUAGAACUUACAGACUACAUAGACUCAAAUAAAAAGAAGGAGAAUGAAUUACAAAAUAAGAUUAGCCUUGCACAAGGCAACAAAUGUAGACCUAUAUAUAAAAAAAAAGAAAUGAAAAGUAAAAAAAUGAAAACAAAAUGUGAUAUAAUAGAUGAAUCAACAGAAGAAAAAGUGAAAGACACAAUGUUUGUUAAAGUAGGUCAAAAUGGAACAAACGGAUAUGUAAAUUUUUUUGAUUUCAGAGAAAAUUCUAUAAAAAAAAAUUUCAGUGAUUUAUUAUACGUUAUGGAAAAUUUAAAAGUAUUUGACAUUACAGAAACUGUUAUGUUUAUUCAGAAAUUUACACAAUCAGUGUGUGCAUCUUACUGUAUGGGAAUAACAGAUGUCUUCGAAUUGGUAAAUAAUGAUAUGCUAAUGUAUGAAAAAAUGAGAUUCCAUUUUCAUAAAAAUGGCAUGACUGUGACUACGAAUGAGGAACAUAAAUUUAAUAAUACUCAGUUUGAAAUUUUGCUAAAAAUACUAAAUAUAAACGAAUACACUAUUCCUUUAACAUGUCCCUGUAAAUCAUACACGAACAUUAUUAUCAGCUAUUGUAAACAAUAUACAUCGAAAUUGAAAGGGUAUUUUACUCAAACUAAAAAUUCUGAAUUUUUAGAAAAAUUCACUCCAAGUUAUCUUCUACAAAAGUUAAUGCUUCUUGAAGAAAAAUUGAAAUAUAUAAAAAAAAAUGGAAAUAUGAUAUCUCCAAAUUUGUUGAAAGAGUUAAAAGAAAAAAAUUUACAAAAUACUGCUUAUUAUCACAACAAUAAAUAUUUUGCAACUUUAAAAACUUCCAACACGUCCUGUGGUAAUGAUACUGAUUGUACAUCUCAAAAUGAAGUUGUAGGUAAAAGUAACAAUACUUCUAAGUCUAGCAGUAUGGAUGAACAAUGUAAAGAGAACAUGGUGAAUAAUUUUAAAUAUCCAGAUAUAGACGUACUUCACGUUUACUAUAAUUCUUCUCUAGUAAAUCUAAAAAAUAUGAAUGAUGUUAAAAACAUUAUGAUUGAAGAAAUGAAAUCAAAAAUAUUUCAUAUCAACUCUUAUCGAAUUGGAAAUCAAUUUUUCCCAACAUACAGUAAUUUAGGCAAAGAUGAUCAUGACUUGGAAAUUUCAGAAUCUGUUAAUUCUUCCAUGUUGAAAUCACAAAAUAUGCAGAAUGAGAAUAAAAUCAACCUAGGAAAUUUUGUUAUACCAAAAUUGCGACAUGUAAAUAAAAAUACCAAAGAGGGAAAUGCAAAUAAUGCCAACCAUCUUUUAAAUAAUAAAGUUGUGGAAAAUUCAGAUUGGGUUCCUCUAAAAAGUCCUCCAAAUCAUGAAGAUUUUUAUGACGCAAAAAAUUCUCACACGAAUUUGAUUGAAAAUAAUGAAAAAAUGUUGAACGAACAAAAAUUGGAAAAUGGUGACAUAAACUUGAAAAAUUCCUUUUUAGAAAAAGAAACGCUCACGAAGGAGGAGCCAGUUAUGAUUGGAAAAAAUAUUCACGACAGUGACGAUCACACUGCAGAUCAGAGUGCAGGACAUGAUGCAGGACACGAUGCAGAUCACGAUACAGAUCAAGAUACAGAUGAUAAUGCAAAUCAUAAUGCAAAUGACGAUGCAGAUCAAGACGCAAAUCACAGUGCAAAUCCCAGUGCAAAUCAUAGUGCAAAUCAUAGUGCAAAUCCCAGUCCAAAUCCCAGUGCAAAUCAUAGUGCAAAUCCCAGUGCAAAUCAUAGUGCAAAUCCCAGUGCAAAUCCCAGUGCAGAUGAGGGUGAUAAGUCCUGUGUCGAUACCCAAUGCAACAUGGGCGAAAAAGACACAAAUCAAAAUAAUAACAGUUUGGAUAAAUCCCCAAAAUUGCAAAAUAAAAUUGGGGAAAUGAAUUAUUGUAAUAAGAAAAAAGUAAUAAAUGUAAAAUAUUUAAUUUACUUUUUCAAAAAUAUGCAUGUGUGGAAAUCAGGGGAUUAUUGCCACAAUGUAAUUUAUAUAGACCAUUUACUCAAGAAAAUUAAUUUUAAUGAAUAUAUGGUAUUCCAAGAAGAAUUAGAUGAAGAUAAUGUGCUACUUUAUUUUUCCUCCAACUUGAAGAAGAAAUACGUAUUAGAUAUGAAUUAUUUUAUCUUCUUAUUACAAAAAAUUUCCUUAAUUAUGUAUGUAGAAGAUUUGUGUAGUGUGUUUCAAUUUAAUGGAAUCAAACAAAAUAAAAAAUUAAUCAAGUACAUAGAAAAUGCUUCAAAUAUUCACAAUUUUAUAGAAAAACAUAUUUUAUUUUCUCACGAACAAUAUUCAAAAAAGAAUAAAUAUGCAAAAGAGUUAUCAACAAUCUCUACUUCUACCUUUUUUUCGUCUAAAAAUGAUAUCAUAUUGAACAGUCAUCCAUAUAACAAUAUUGUAUUUAAUGAAAGAGACAUUUAUGAAAUUUUUUUUACUUAUGUGGAUGAUACAUUAACAGAAAGAAUGAUUAAUGAAACAUGGCUAACACCUUACGCGUUCAUGCUAAAUAAACCAAAUAAAAAGAAUGCAAAUAAUGGCAAAUUAGAAAUAUUUCAAAAUUAUUUUAUUACAAAAUAUUCAAGAAGUGUCAUAGAUAAAUAUAUGUAUUAUGAAUACAAAAAAGUAGCAAAAAAUAUAGUUCAACAUCAUGAAGAAUUGUGUCCAAAAUUAUAUGAACAUGGAGAUGAACUAAAAGAAUAUAAAUUAAUUAUUUACAAUGAUAAUCCAACUAUGACCAAUAUUAUCAUUACUACUACUAUAAAUGUUAUGAAUAUUUCCUUCUUACAAAGUCUGUUAGAAGUUAUCUUAGAUAUUAGGGCAACUCAGCAAUUUUUUUCUUAUCAGGGAAAAUUCAUACCUAUAAAUGCAUUUAUCAUUUUACAGGAAGGUGUAAAUUACCUCUUUUUUAAUUAUGUACCAAAUGAAAAUCACAUGAAUUAA